AUGGAUCGGUUUAUAAAGCAUAGCAAGAUUAUAUGGAGUCAAACUGAAAAUAUAUUCUAUUCAAACGAGGAUUACAAUCAAUACAUUCGCCAGAUUACUCUGCUACACAUCGUGCCAAACAAGUUGAAAAAGAUCGAAGGCUCAAUGGUCGACGAGAUCAACUUGCUCUGUUCAAAGUUUGAAGAGUUUGCGAAAUCCGGUGAGCCUUGUGACCCGAUCAGAUUAAUGAAGCUGUGCUCAUUCAAUAUUAUCUUUAGAUUGUUAUUUAGUAUUCAUUAUCCGUAUGUAAUGGAAAAGAAUAGCAGUAACAAUGUUAUUGAUUUCAUUGAAUCAACGUUGGGUUUGGCUGGUCAGUCGUUUGCCUCUGACUAUCUUCAUUUCCUUCAGCCACUGUUUGGAAGAACCAAGGCAUCGCGUGAUUACAUCGAGUCGAAUAGAAGUAUUGGUCGGUUCCUAGACACUAUCAUCGACGAGAGACUAAAGAGUAAACAUGAUUACUCUGACCCAGUCGAUAUUUUAGACCUAUAUAUCAUUGAAUACAAAGCAAAUAAGAUUACAAAGAAUGCAUUAACCUAUGUAUUCUUUGAUUUGCUAUUGGCUGCUACCGAUACUUCUUCCAAUACCGGUAGUGCUCUGAUCAAAGUAGUUUGCAAUCAACCUGAAGUACAAGAGAAAUUGUAUCAAGAGUUGAAUACUUUUAUCAAGAAAGAACCAACUCUCUCUGAUAAGAAUUCAACACCCUAUGCAAAUGCAGUAAUAAGAGAGACACUUAGAAGAUUCCCAGUUGUGCCUUUGGGCAUACCUCAUCAAGCUACCAAAGAUUGUUAUUUCAAAGGAUAUUUCAUUAAAGAAGGUACACAAAUUAUUCAAAAUAUAAAUGGAUCAAUGUUAUCUGAUGAAUUUUGGGAUGACCCAAUGUCAUUUAAACCAGAGAGAUUCCUAGGUGAAUCGAAUCAAAAGAACGUAUCAAGAGUGAAAUCAGUUUUUGGUAGUGGUACAAGAAAUUGUUUAGGAACAAGUCUUGCAGAGUAUGAACUCUAUCUUUGGACAGCUAUCAUUUUUAAGAGAUUUAAAUUUACUAGAUUAACUGAAGAGAAAAUCGAUGAUUCAAUGACAUUUGGUUUAACAUCGAUGCCAUAUCCAUUUAAAGCAAAAGUAGAACUUAGAUAA